AUGGAUAAUUUAUGCACAGUUUGUAUAAAUUAAAAGGCAGUUAAUAAGGAUUUCGAAUGUAAAUCUUAUAGAUGUGAUGAAAACUGUAAAAAAGGUAUUUUAGAGCCUUGUUAAACUUGUAAUAAAAAGUUAUCUGGGUAAUAUUAGCAAUAAAAUAAAAAAAAAGUUGACGAUUUGUUAAAAAUUUGUUAGAGGAGCAUCUCUUUUAUCCAUAAUUAGUAAAUAUAUAUGAAGCAAUUUAUUGAACAUUAAAUAGGAGAAUUGAUCAAUUUACUCUAAGAGAAAUAGAAUUCGCUAUAGAGUAAUCUAACUGAGAUUUUAUAAAAGAAAUUGGAUUUUUAUUAAGAAUGUGAAUCAAGACUAAAUAUUAUGAAGAAAAACAGCGAUUUCAAUAAGUUAAAACAAUUACCUUUUUCGUAGUUAGAGUAAUAUGAAGACGAUAAAAUUAUGGAUUUUGGAAAUAUUAAAAUUUUAACUGAAGAGAUUAAGAAUUUUGGAAAACGAGUUACUAGGAAAAAUAAUUAAAGUGUUAAUCUGUUAAGCAAUAUGAAGAAAAUUCCUAAUAAUGAGAAUAAGGAAAACUAAAAGGAUUCCUAUGAGAAAACAUACUCUUCCAAUAUUUUUAUUUCAUUUUUGCCACCAUUAGACGAUGCAACAUUAAUAUACAGAUUAGGUUAAAAAUAUCAAAUGCCCAAAUAAAAUAAGGUAUUAGGAUUUAUCUACACAACCAAUUCAUGCAAAUUCGGUUUUUACUAUAAUGUAGAUUAUCCAACUACUGGUUAUAAUAAUUGUAAAGAUUGCUACAUCUUCUCAUUAGAUAAUGUUUAUAGAAUUCCACCUAUGAAAUUUUAUCCAAAAGAAGAAUGUACUAGGUAUUCUUUGUUUCUAAAUCACUCUAAGAUUGGAUUUGGUAAGGAUUGCAAAGAUUUGUUGAUAGAUUUUGAAAAUAUCAAAAAUUCUUCUUCUAACCUAGGUUAUUCAUAUGAUAUUUAUUCAGAACUUGAUAAUGAAUGUAUUCUAGCAGGUAGAGGAACAAAUUGGAAUAUUGAGAUGAUAGAAAUAUUUGAAUUGAAAUGA